GUAGCUGUCAGUCAGAGGGCAUUUAAAUGGCUACAGUGUGCAGAAGUGUAUGUACAGUCUGCGGCACGGCACUGAAACCCUCGCUCCGGGUUUUAAUUCAGCCCUCAGCUCUGUAAAUGACCACGUUAAAUAACUGCGUGUUUUAUUUUGUAGCCGAUCGCUCGUUUUAAAGCGUCAGAAACGUCGCGGCUUGUGUAUAACAGUCUGGUUUGAUCAUACGCGUAAAAAUGAACGUGGAGGAAGAGGCUGUGCAGAAAACAAGGCUGUCGUUUGAUGAUCUUUGUCGAGCUCUGAAUAUGGACGAGGAGGCGAGUAACGGGGCAUGGAGGAGCUACGAAAAGAUCAACAAAAAUUACACUUUAGAGGGUAGUGACCUGCACUGGUUGGCAUGUGCUUUGUACGUGUCCUGUAGGACGUCUGUGCCCACCGUUGGUAAAGGCACAGCUGAAGGCAACUACGUGUCGCUCACAAGAAUUCUCCGCUCUUCAAAUCAGAGUUUAAUAGAAUUUUUCAGCAAAAUGAAGAAAUGGCAGGAUAUGGCAAACCUGCCAAAGGAAUUCCGGCAGAGCACAGAAAAGCUGGAAAGGAACUUCACUGUGACAGCUGUCAUUUUUAAGAAAUACGUCCCCAUAUUUAAGGACAUAUUUAAACCCCCAUCUGACGAACCACCCAGAACACACAGAAACAGAAAACAAAAACGUCAUCCUUGCACUGUGGCUGAGCUUUUCCAAUUCUGCUGGAUCCUGUUCGUGCAUGCAAAAGGAAACUUCCCUAUGAUCAGCGAUGACCUUGUGAACUCCUAUCACCUGUUGCUGUGUGCAUUUGACCUAGUCUACUCCAACUCUCUGCUGUGCUCCAGCCGUAAAGAUCUACUCAAUCCCACUUUCAAAGGCCUUUCCGAAGAACUAAAUAGUAAGGACAAUAGACCAGGCCCUGGUUCACUCUGCUUCAUAGAGCAGCUGUGUGAAUUGCAUCAGGGUGAGGUACUUGAUGCAAAAGGAGUGAAGGAACACUUCUGGAAGCCUUUCAUCAAGAAGUUAUUCGAACGCAAGAUUUUAAAGGGAAAAGAAGAGACACUGACUGGAUUUUUGGAUCCUGUUCAUUUUGGAGACAGUCUUGCAUCUCUUAAUCGGGCGUAUGAGGAGCAUGUCUUGUCAUCAGGUGCUCUAGAUGAGAGGAUAUUUCUGGGUGAAGGAGCGAGAGAGGACAUUAAUACACCAGGACCAUAUUUGUGUGAGGGGACAGAGAACCAGACCUCCAGCAUUCACAAAUCUCUCGCUGCAUCAGCUCUGAAAGUGUCCACUCCACUGACGGGAAGAGUGUACUUACAGGAGACUGCUUCUGGCACUUCAGUGUUCACAGCAAUGGAAGGCAUCUCACGUCUGCAAAGUCUCCUGGCAGGACUCAAACACAGGCCAAGCCUUAGACUGAAAGACAUGCUAAAGGCCUGUGCAAGGAACCCAAGUGAAAAUAUUGCAUCCAGACUGAAGGAGAUGACUAAGGCAUUCCUCCAAAGCUAUGAGGCCAAGGAAGAGGGAAAUGGAGGCUUGGAAAAAGAUACUGUUGUCAAAUACUUUUGCUUAGCCGAGGCACUGUAUUAUAAGACACUGGAGGGCAUCAUUGACCAGGAGAAGAGGCGACUCGGUGACAGUGACCUCUCUUCUAUUCUAGAGCAGGACAUGUUCCACCGUUCUCUGAUAGCCUGUUGUCUAGAGAUUGUCAUCUUCUCAUACCACCCACCUGGCGAGUUCCAGCGGAUUUUGCAGACCUUUGAAAUCCCCCCUUACCACUUUUAUAAGGUGAUCGAGGUGCUGGUUCGGGCAGAAGAAGGUCUCGCCAGGGAGGUGGUGAAGCAUCUAAACCAUGUGGAGGAGCAGGUGUUGGAGAGACUGGCCUGGAAAGAGAGUUCCCCACUCUGGGAGAGCAUUAAAGGGGCCAAAAACCAUGUGCCUUCCUGUCAGGAGGUAAUGCCUCCUCAGUACCUGGAGGAUGGGUCUGGUAACCUGCACAGCCCCAAAAACAAUGAGCUCAGCGUUAACACUUCAGGAACAGGAAAAGCAGUGUCAUCCUCUUCCACAAAUCUCCACGAGCGCUACAGCUCACCACCUACUGCAACAAUACGCAGGCGUCUCUUUGUGGACUCUGAAAUGCCCUCUGACCCUCCUGCAGCAACCCGGGUCAGCCAGACCUCAUUAGUCAGCACCAUACCAGCAGGUCAAACCGUGGUCACUAUGGCAACAGCUACUGUUACUGCUAACAACGGACAGACAGUGACAAUACCUGUGCAAGGUAUAGCCAAUGAGAAUGGAGGCAUCACUUUUAUCCCAGUGCAGGUGAGUGUGACAGGGCAGAGUGGACCGGGACUACAGCCUCUCACUGCCCAGGCUCUGACUGGCUCACUAAACACCCAACAGCUGACGACCACCAUGCCUGCUGGCACUGUUCACACCAGCCCUACAGCCGGCAAGAACGCCAAGAUGAGCCCUCAGCAUGGAACACCAAACAGAGCACAAAGAACUGGCUCCCUCUGUCUGUUCUUCCGCAAGGUGUAUCACUUGGCCAGUGUGCGUCUCCGAGACCUGUGUGUGAAGCUGGAUAUCAGCACAGACCUGCGCAGGAAGAUCUGGACCUGCUUCGAGUACUCACUAGUGCACUGUACUGAGCUCAUGAUGGAUCGACACCUCGACCAACUGCUCAUGUGUGCCAUCUAUGUCAUGGCUAAGGUGACUAAAGAAGAUAAAUCCUUCCAGAACAUCAUGAAGUGUUACAGAUCUCAGCCUCAGGCCAGCAGCAGUGUAUAUAGGAGUGUUCUGAUAACGGGACGAAAGAGACGCCACUCGGGCAAGAGUGAAAACAACAAACAGAACUCUCUGGCUGAAGGAGGGCCUGAACAAGCAGCAGCAGUAGCGAGUGGUAACAGCAGUCCUCUGUCGAUGCGCUCCAGCAGCACACUGCCUGUUCCUCAACCCAGCAGUGCUUCCUCUACACCCACUCGCAUGCCCGGCACAUUGCCAGAGCAGGAGGAGGGGGAGGAGGAGGAGAAGAGGGGGGACCUUAUUUGUUUCUACAACCACGUCUACAUCAAACAGAUCAAACCAUUUGCCCUGCGGUACUCUUCCAGCUCGCCUAAAGCAGGGGCGGAGACUCCUCCCCUGUGUCCAUAUCCUUCACUCCGGAUUGGGUCACCACGCAGAGUUCUCCUUUCUCACAACCACUCCAUCUACAUCUCUCCCCAUAAAAAUGACAGUCCACUCACUCCUAGGGACAAGAUCUUCUAUUACAUUAGCUCGAGUCCCUCAAAUCGACUGCGAGAGAUUAACAGCAUGCUCCGUACUGGAGAGACGCCCACUAAGAAGCGCAGCAUGGUUCUGGAGGAGGAGCAGCAGUCUCCUGCUAAGAGGCUGUGCCAGGAGAACCACAGUGCUCUCUUCCGCCGCCUACAGGACGUCGCCAAUGACCGCAACAACUCCCAUUAAUGCAUACAUCAAACUAGCAGACCACAAACCCCAUGAUUUAUGAUCAUGUAAGAAAAUUAAUUUGUCAGAUGCAAAAAACAUGCACUGGACGUGAACAUAUCAGGCACAAAGAACAGUCAGAGUCAUUCACCAAAACCUGAGCAUGGAAAAACAUGGAACAAAUCUCACAAUUUAACAGCUUCUACAGUGAGAGCUUCUUGCUUCAGUGAGAUCAUGUUUUCCAUAUUAAUGCACCACUUAUCAGAUCUUUUUAUACCAUUUACAAAAUACACAAAUGCCGUGUAGGCAUUUUUAGUUUCAUACCUAAUAUUAUACACUUUAAAUCAAUUUCAUACACGUAAGGAAAAAGGAUUAUGUAGUGAACAAUGGAUUUGUGAGCAGAUCUUGCCUUUGUUUGUCAUUAUACUGUCUUUUAAAAAACUAUUUUCAUAAAAGAAAAGUUUAAUAUGUACAGUGACAAUAGUUCCUGGUUUCUUAAAUUCAUUAAGAAAUUAUUGCGAACUCUUUUAUAUGCUGAACUGUGUUUUUUUCCAUGUGUUUUUGUGAUUUAUAUAGUUAAUAUAUUCAUGAUAUUUUUCUUACUUUAGUUGGAAAGAUAUUGGUUAGAGGCAACUGACAUGUUAAGAGUAUACACGUUUUAAAUUAAUUUAUUAUUCUUGUGUUCUGCAUGUAACUAUGUAAAACAAAAUAUUAUGUCUUUUUAUGGUUUGUUUUUUCUGUCCAUCAUUACAAUUCAUGUGUGUCAUGUCAAAGAGCAGUCCCAUUUCUAGUAAGUGCCUUUUCUAUCUUUGACUUACACAGACUUUGUAUGUACAGCUAACAUAGAGUUAUAGUAUUAUAGUUUUCUCAUUUGUCAUUUAAUAAAUUAAAGUUACUGCGCAAGUGAA